AUGUGCACUUGGUUCGACCUAUGCGACGCAAGACGACACUUUGCAAUCGUCGUCCCGCGAAGAGCAACGACAUGUCCAACCCUCCUCAACGCAAUCUUCGCCCUCUCUUCCCGCCACCUCAGCCUCCACGAACAAUAUGACCCUUACGCCUCGGACCGCUACCACCAAGAAUGCCUCAAACACCUCACCACAAUCUCAAACGACUCGUCAGCCCUCACAAACGAUGACCUUCUCGCGGCGACAAUCCUCCUCCGCACCCUCGAAGAGCUCGACGUUCCGCUCAUAGGAACAGACCACGAAGGCCACCUCCUCGGCAUCCAGCUUUUCAUGAACACGCAAAACGCAUCCGCUCUCGACCCGCCGAGCUCCCUCCGUCAGGCUUCGUUCUGGGUGGGGCUCCGGCAGGAAAUCACAAUGGCGUUUGCGACGCAGCGGCCGAUCAAAGUCAAGCUCGACCACCUUUUCAUCGACCGUUCUUUUUCGCCGGCCGAUGACGAUUGUUGGGCGAACCGCAUUGUCGUGCAUUGCGCCGAGGUGGUGCAGUUUUGUUUUGGCGAGGUAGAGAACCGUAAGAGCGAGUAUCAGCGGCUGAUCGAGUAUGACUACGACUGGCUACGCGCGAGGCCGCUUUCUUGGUUGCCUAUUGCAUACUCUGAGCCGGAUCUUGCUUCGGGCUUGGUGUUUCCGCAAAUCUUUUACAUUAACCAUGCCGUCGUUCGAGAACUAUGUGGCGCCGCACUAUCGAAUAAGCAGACGAUACCAGCCAUGUUUACGGCCUGCAUGGGUGUCACGGCGUGCGGGGACAGGUUCGUCGAGUAUGCCGAGCAAAAAGCACUAUUGGACAUCUUGGUCAAGACGGACGUCGAACACAUGUGGCCCACUGCUUCGGCACAGUCGCACUUGAAGAGGGCGUGGGGGUGGGAGGACGACUCAUGA